AUGGAUUCGAAACUGGGGCGUGAGCUGAGAAUCAAACUAGGCGUUGCGCUUCGUACUGCGAAAGAUCUUGACUACUAUGAGAAAGAGCUUGUGACGCUCCGAAUGAGGAUAGAAGAGGAAAGGAAAAACGGUUCGGAUUGCUUGCGCCAACUGCAGGACGUUUUUAGUGAGACGGAGGCUAUGAUCCCGGACGCACGGUUCCGGCUUCAACGAGCUACCCAGGAGCUUGAAGUGGCACUAAAUAAGGCCAGUUUUGCUGGUGCAGCUGAUGAAUCCGACACGAGCCGGGCGGAAGUCUUGUUACAAGAACUGAGAACGAAGCAGCUUGUCCGCUGA